GAGAAACAUUAGAACGGACGUCUAUCUCUCGUUGUUUCCGUCCUUUCUCCUUUGUGAACACGUACUGUAUCUACUCCGAGGAAUGUAUUGAAGCCUUCAACUCGUUUCUUGUUCAUGGAAUAAAAAAAGCACAAAUUACCAGCCUGCCAGACCGUUGCAUACCCCCCCCUUCACGAGUCCUUACCCCGCUUUCUCUGAAGCCCUUCCCGUCUUCCGGUGACAACUUCUCAACCAAAAGCAAGACAACAAAAUGGCACCAACAGCUCAACUCCUAGGCUUGACACGAAGCAGGCUCCUCGUGAAAGCUCCACGAUUUGCAAGACCGCAGCAGAUCCGGUCUAUUGAAACCAUGGUCUCCACGAAAACAUCUGGUAAACAGGCUUCCGAUUGGGGCUAUCAGUGGAAGAGAGUCGGAGGAACGGCUUUGAUGUAAGUUCCCCUGUAUACGAGAACAUGGUAUGCGAAGCGAAAGAAAGGUGCUAAUUUGUGAUUCCUGCUAGGUACGGACCUGUUGUUGGAAUCGUCAUGUUUUGGCCUUAUGCUGUGAAGCCAGUUAUGGACUUUUUUGAGGGUAUCUAAAGAGCGCAGACGUGUGUUUGGACACGAAUGGGAGUUGUUGGGUUUUAUGGUAUAAGGGAUGUUCUGUACAUAUUCAGACAGA